CUUUCCGGCUAUUAAUUAAACACAGUGAAUUAUGAAACUGUUGCUGAAACAGCAAAGAUCCAAUAGUACUCAUGGUUUCAUUUUAUUUUUUGAUUGUGUCUCUCACAUCUGUCAUACUUCAGUUGCAAGGAGGUCUGUCUGUAAUAUUCCCAGAAGCUGUGCGUGUUGUGGAAGGAGGUGAUGUUUUGCUAAAAUUGCUAAGGAGCAAUCCAAACCAAAGAUCAUGUCUUCUUAAAACACCCAACACAUCAGUUAUUUAUCCACUCAUAUCAGAAUUUGCUCAUCAUCAAAAUGAAUAUCAAAAGGUAAAAUAUUUUGGUGGUAAUAUAAAUACAGAUUGUGGUGUCCGUAUCAAUAAUGUAACUGCUGAAGAUGUAGGAUACUGGCGACUUACUUCAAUAUCACAUAUUUAUGAGAAGGUUGAAGGUGCUUCGAAAAUAUCAUUAAGUUCUAGUUCUUCUUCAGCAGUGAAGCUUUUGAUUGGUACUAAGCCUGUUAUAAACUUUGGUGAUCUCCAGCAUUGUACUACAUAUUACGUGAAUAAUAACUACAAGAAAAUUAAUGCAGAUGUUAAAAAUGCUUCUUGUACUAACAGUGAUGAACUUGAUUAUGGAUGGACAACUCAUAAUUCUUUAGGUGGAAGUUUAACACUAUUUUGCAAUUUGAAAUGCAAGGAGAGACUAGCAUCUUGCUACUUUAUUCGUCUAUACGAUCAGGCAACAUUCAGCAUGGUUGAUGGGACUGGCAAUGGCCAAUACAGUUAUUUUGGAGAUGGACUUUGUUCUGGUCAUUGUGGUAUAACUAUUGAUUCUCCUCAGGAGAAGGAUUAUGGCAGAUGGCAGUGCAUUGUUUUAACAGCUCACAGAAGAAAACCUCUUUCUUCUUUUAUCUCUAUUUCUUCAGAUAUGAGAGAUGUUGCUGGAGCUGAAAAAAUUCAAGUAUGGGAUGUUGGUAACACUGUUGUACUCUUGGGGAAACCACUGACAUUGAAAUGCCGUGUUGAGACACCAAUAAGUGAAUGUUCACUGGUUCAUCCAAAUGGUUCAACAAUUGUGCUUGACUCAAAAGAGGGGAUUUACAACAGUACAGAAAUGUGGAAAUAUGAUGGUUUGUGGAAAUAUGAUGGUUUUAGUCUUGAUGCAGGUGACUGUGGAGGGACACUGUUUGCUGCAACUGAGGAAGAAUCUGGAAUCUGGAAAUGUCAAAUGAAGACAUUGAGGCCAACCAACGCGAUUUAUGCAUCACAGAUUCAGGUGAAAGUGACAAAAAUCCCUUUAACUGCGAUAAAUGAAGUGGUUGUGUCACAUGUUGGUGACAGUAUAACAAUAGGCUGUCAGAUGGUAUCACCUAUGUAUGUUAUGGAGUACUGUUCAUUUAAGCGACCUGAUGGAGCUGUAUUUGGACCUCUUCAAAAUGCAUCAUCCUAUGUUCACAUUAUGGAAGCUGGUCUCUGUCAAUUGAGUAUCAAGAGUGUGGAAAUGAGGGAUCUUGGAGAAUGGACUUGUACAGUAAAGAUAAAACGUGAAGAAGAUGAAAUAUCAACCACUACCAUCAUUCAGUUUUCAGCAAACCCUUCAGUAGCUUCAGCAGGUGUGGGUGCUGCUGUUGGCAUAGCAGUUCUGGUAGCAGCAAUAAUUGGGCUACGCUUUAUGCGAAGAGUCUGCCAACAAAAAAAUUCUAAUAUUACAGGGGAACAUCCUGAAGGAGAAGAAAUUGAAAUGCAGCAGGCAGGAUAGGUUAUCUUGCAUGUGCCUCCAUAACUUGGCAUGCUGAGUACUAUUGUCAAAGUGGGAAUGAUAGUUGAACAUACGAAGCUCUAUUAUGGUAUUAUAAUUAACUGUUUUUAUGAAUUAUCAUUUAUUUAUGCACUUACGUCAUGCAAGCAUUUUUGUACCUGGCUACUAGUUUUCAUAAUUAGUCAAGACCAUUUGUCAUGUUUUUAUGAUCACUUUGAGAGUGACAGAGUUGUACAGAGAAAGAAUCACUAACUUUGUACAUUAACUGCCUGUAUUUUAUGCUAAUAAAUUCAUUUGGCUGCUAUUAGUAUUAUGCACCAUAUUCUGUGAAUUGCAGCAUGACUGAGAAUAUUUAUGAAUUUGAAACAAUUCAAGGAGUACAUUAGUCAAGACAAGUUUGUACAUUAACUGUCUGUAUUUUAUGCCAGUAAUUACACAAAUGCUGAACCAACCUGAAAUAUUAUCAUCUGUAAGAAUGGAAUGAAAUGAAAACCUUAAAAUAUACCCACUGGGAAGAUGAUCAGCUUACCAGUUUCAUAGAAACUUAUUGUAUGAUAUUUCUAAGACAAAAACCAGUCAAUAACUAAUGGAAAGGGACUUACAUAUACCUUUCCUUUGAAAUUUUCUGGUAGAAAAUAUUAUGUUUCAUUGUGUAAUUUUUGUAUAAAAUAUGUGGCAGCUAAUAAAUUCAUUUGGCUGUUAUUAGUAUUAUACAUGAUAUUCUGUGAAUUGCAGCAUGACUGAAAAUAUUUAUGAAUUUGAAACUAUUCAAGAAGUAUCUUAGUCAAGACAAGCAACUGAAUUUAAAUUCUAAGUAUUAACUGGCAUCAUUGGUGGUUCUGUACAUGGAAUAUGAAGACAAGGCACUUCCUUUCAUUUUUACACAUUUAAAAUAGUUACAAAUGUACGUUAUUUGCUUAUGGUGCUAUUAUUUAGUGCUAAUGUGUACUUCACCUGGAAGUUGAGAAGAAAAAAAAAUAUAUCUGUUUACUAUAAGUAUGGAGUUUUCUUUCUAAUGGGCUUUGUACAGAUUUCUUCAAUCACGAUCUUGAAUUAUUUAGAUCUUCUUUUAUGAAGAUUCUGUCUGUCUCUCUCUCUCUCUCUCUCUCUCUCUCUCUCUCUCUCUCUCUCUGUGUGUGUGUGUGUGUGUGUGUGUGUGUGUGUGUGUGUGUCUUGAAAUCUGGAAAUGUGAAAUUGUAAUCAGUAUUUUGCAUGUAUUAUUAUAUCUAGUUUAUCCUUCUGUAACCAGUAGUGUCUAAUACUAACACUAACCUUUAAGAAUAGAAAAUUAUAUAGUUGUGUUAACAGUAUGUUGCUGGCAACGUACGUAAGUAUCUUUCACCAGCUCAUGUCACAUCUGCAAACAUCACAUCCUACAAAUGAAAUGUUCUUGAGUAUAAUGACUUACCCUAUAAACAUAUAUGCAGGUGUAGUUUACACUUUAGUUAAGAUGUUAUUACUGAUUAAUCUAUGAUCAAGGGUGUCAAAUCUAAAUUGCAAAAUUUGCUAUUGCAUGAAGACAUUGUUGGUCAAUACAAGUUUUGAAAUGCAACAUCCUGAUGGCAAAUACUCAACAUAAUUUUAUUAAAGGCAAAAAUUCUCAUCAUAAAUGGUAUAUCCUCUGGAGGAUUGUCUUCAGGUUUCUGGUUAAUGAAAACAGAACAAGUACAUCCCAGUCAGACCUUUAGUUUUUCUGUUUGCGGUUAUGUCCCACUAGUCCACAGGUGUAUGUGCAGAAAUGAAAAUGCUAUAUGGACAUUUCUUUGGUUAAAACUAGUGAUUAAGAACUGGAAAAAUCUUAAAAACAAAUUGUAAUAGAAGUGAAACAGCAGUAAAAUAAGAUACCAGUAUGCUAAAAACAAGUUAGCAAUAUGUUUGAAUAUACACCAUCAUAAUUUGGAAUUAAAUAUAAUAAUAAUUUAUCAUGGUUUGAAUCUGCACUGUAGAAAAUCUUACAAGGUGCAUGAUACAAGGGAAAAUUCACCAAAAUGAUAAGCAUAUUAACUAAAAACCUCCAUUUUCCUGCCUCUCCCUCCCCCCUCCCCACCCCCUCCAUCUGAGGCUUUUAUGGCAGCCUCAUGAUAAUUUAAAGAUAAGAUAUCAUUUGGAAAUUUGUCAAAUUUACACAGUUGUUUUAGAAAUUUGCUUUUAUUUAAUAAUAUAUGUAUUUGAUGAUUCAUAUGUUAUUGUAGUUGUGUAUAAUACUUCUAUUCUGAGCACAUAUAAAUGUUU